ACUAGCAGGGCGGGAAAGGGAGCGCGGCACACAGAGUACGGCGUCUGUCAAGGGUCACUCACAACAACGCUGCCAUGCCGCCCACCGGCAAGGAUGCGCUCCGGACCCGGGUGCAGGAGCUUGUGGACAAGAACCCGGUGAUGGUGUUCAGUAAGAGCUACUGUCCGUACUGCAUCCAGGUAAAAGAACUCUUUACCUCGCUGGGCAAAGAAUAUGUUGCGCUGGAGCUGGAUGAAUGUGAUGAUGGCAGCAGCAUUCAGGAAGUCCUCCAUGAAUUAACUGGGCUGAGAACCGUUCCCAGCGUCUUUGUAAAUAAAACACACGUCGGAGGAUGUGAUAAAACACUUCAGGCUCACAGAGAUGGGACGCUACAGAAGCUGUUGGACAAGGACGCCGUCACCUAUGAUUAUGACCUGAUAGUCAUUGGAGGAGGUUCAGGCGGCCUGGCUUGUUCCAAGGAAGCCUCUUCUCUGGGAAAGAAGGUCAUGGUCUUUGAUUACGUCGUACCCACCCCUCUAGGGACAUCAUGGGGGCUCGGUGGUACAUGCGUGAAUGUUGGAUGUAUUCCCAAGAAACUAAUGCAUCAAGCGGCUCUCUUGGGUCAUUCGCUGAAAGACUCCAGGAAGUUCGGCUGGGAGUAUGAUGAGCAAGUACAGCACAACUGGGAUACAAUGCGACAGAAUAUUCAGGAUUACAUUGGCUCUUUAAAUUGGGGCUACAGAGUCUCUCUGCGGGACAAGAAUGUUCGAUAUGAAAACGCAUACGCGGAGUUUGUUGAACCACAUAAAAUAAAGGCAACAAACAGGAAGGGAAAAGAGAGCUUCUUCACCGCAGAGAAGUUUGUAAUAGCUACCGGUGAAAGGCCCAGGUACCUCGGUGUCCCUGGAGAUAAAGAAUUCUGCAUUACCAGUGAUGACCUUUUCUCUCUGUCGUAUUGCCCCGGGAAGACGCUGGUGGUCGGUGCCUCCUACGUGGCGUUGGAAUGUGCCGGUUUUCUGGCUGGUAUAGGCUUGGAUGUGACAGUCAUGGUGCGAUCUAUAUUUCUUCGUGGCUUUGACCAGGAGAUGGCAGAGAAAGCCGGCGCCUACAUGGAAUCGCAUGGCGUGAAGUUCAUCAAGAAAUUUGUACCAACUUCUGUGGAACAGCUGGAGCCCGGGAUGCCAGGGAGGCUCAGAGUCGUUGCAAAGUCCACUGAAAGCGAUCAGAUCAUCGAAGGGGAAUAUAAUACAGUACUGGUUGCCGUAGGCAGAGACUCCUGCACUAGAAAAAUCGGCUUGGAGAAAAUCGGUGUUACCCUAAAUGAAAGAAAUGGCAAGAUUCCGGUGAAUGACGAGGAACAGACCAACGUGCCUUCUGUGUAUGCCAUUGGAGAUAUCCUGGAUGGAAAGUGGGAAUUGACGCCAGUGGCAAUCAAAGCAGGGCGCCUUCUCGCCAGGAGACUGUACGGAGGCGCCAAUUUAAAGUGUGACUACAUCAACGUACCAACCACCGUGUUUACUCCAUUGGAGUAUGGCUGCUGCGGGUAUUCUGAAGAAAAGGCCAUUGAGGUCUUUGGAAAGGAAGCUCUGGAGGUCUACCACACUUUGUUCUGGCCUCUGGAAUGGACGGUCCCAGGACGUGAUAAUAACAAGUGUUUUGCAAAGAUCAUCUGCAAUAAACUUGACUAUGAGCGCGUUGUCGGGUUCCAUGUUUUGGGUCCGAACGCCGGCGAGAUCACUCAGGGCUAUGCCGCAGCAAUGAAAUGCGGGCUCACCAAAGAGAAGCUGGACGAGACUAUCGGCAUCCAUCCAACAUGCGCAGAGAUAUUUACCACGAUGGAAGUCACAAAAUCUUCAGGUGGUGACAUCUCCCAGAAGGGUUGCUGAGGUUAAAUCCUGCUGUUAACGCCGCCCGUGACCGGUCUUCUGAUUGUGAGGUCAGUGCUGCAAAAUAGACCCCAUUAGAAGAUCAUUGAGGCCUUCUAGAACAAGCCUGACCAAUCGGAGCCUCCAGGAGUCGUCGGUGAAGAGCGUUGGCCACUCACAAGAAGGUCCUCAUGGGCAGUCGGUGUGACAGCAGGGUUCCCGGAACAUCUGGAUCUUUUUUGGAGCUGCGUUUUAUUGCUGAUUUAUGAAGUCUUUGCUCAUCACCUCAAAUCGAGGAGAGCGAUGGCAGAUGUCCAAAUCUCUUCCAGAUCAAGUCAACUUUCUAGCUUUUAGGUUUUUUUUGUUUAAUAUACA